GGAACCAAAAAACCCAGCUGGAGAACCGACGCCCCCAAAUUCCAACCUCGUCUCUCCGCCUCGACUUCGAACGGCGCCGGUCUCUAGGUCGACGUCCGCCUCCUUCGCAUCCUCUCUCCGCCUCGAGGUCGUACGUCGUUCGCCGCCGAACGCCGUUCGCCGCCUCGAGCUCGUACGUCGUUCUCGAGCUCGAACGCCCGCUUCGCCGUCGCCGUUCUCGGGCUCGGUCGCCGCCGCCAUCACCUCCGCGGCCUCCUCCGCGGCACCGCCUCCCAACCCAGGAUGGAAGAUAAUCAGAAUGUCUCUAUUUUGCUAUUUGAUGAGGAUACUGCUGAUAAUCUCCUCAUUCGCAUUAUCAACAUGGCUGCACAAAUAGGAGGUCUAGUCACGAGUAUCUCGCACCUCAUAUCACAAGAGGAGAUAAAUCUACCCAUUUCCCAACUCAGACAUGGCAUUACGGACCUUGGCCUUCAAUAUUUGAAAUUUAAGAUGGAUAGCAACCCACGUGAUUUUCGUCGAGUAUACCGUAUGUAUCCGGAUUGCUUCAUGAAAUUGUGUAUGGUCUUGCGAGAACGUGGGCAUUUACAAGAUACACGGUAUAUCAGCGUUGAGGAGAUGGUUGCUAUUUUCCUACUCACCGUUACUCAAAAUCAACGAUAUUGCAUCACCACUGAAAGGUUUGAUCGAUCCCGAUUUGCCGUCAGUGUUUGUUUCAAUAAGGCACUACAGGCCCUUGUGUCAUUAGCUCCUUGUAUGAUGGCUCCUCCUCCUACUGAUCCACCAGAAAAGGUCACAUCUGAAUCUCGUUUUUGGACUUACUUCAAGGACUGUAUUGGUGCUAUUGACGGGACCCACAUUCCAUGUAUGGUAUAUGGCGAGGACCAAACUCCAUACCGUAAUAGACAUGGCUAUCUUUCUCAAAAUAUCCUUGCAACAUGCACAUUUGAUCUUAGGUUUAUUUAUGUCUUAGUGGGAUGGGAGGGAUCUGCCAAUGACUCACGGGUCCUGAAGGAUGCAAUGAGUAGAAGUGCAUGUAGUCUUCCACUUCCAAAUGGUAAAUUUUAUCUAGUUGAUUGUGGUUACCCAAAUAGGCUACAAUUCUUGGCUCCCUAUCGGGGUACGAGGUACCACCUUAAAGAGUUUGGCCCAGCUAACAACCGUCAGCGACCACGCAAUGCUCAUGAGCUAUUCAACCAUCGACAUUCAUCACUUAGAAAUUGUAUUGAACGUAUUUUUGGCAUUUUUAAGUCUAGGUUUACAAUUUUUAAGUCUCAACCUCCAGGUUUUCCAUAUGAGACUCAAAAAAGUAUGAUCUGGGCAUGUAUCGGCCUGCAUAAUUUUCUGAAGAUGGAGAACUCCAACGAUGACUUUGAAGUUUCUGAUCUUCCUCCAGAGGCACCACGCAAUGUUGCUCCGAUUGAUGGUGAUUCUGAUGAGGACGAUGACCUACAAACUCAACAAGCACAACGGACAGCUGCAUCACGUUGGAGAGAACAAAUAGCAAACACAAUGUGGGAGGAUGGGACAAACGUAGCCCAAGGAGUCUAGAGCAAAGUUAUAUGCCGGUAGAUUAUAUUUGUAAUAAUUAAGAUUUAAGUUACCGACUGAGACUUUAUUUGUAAUAAUUAAGAUUUUAUCAUCAUCAUCAUUAUAAUUAGAUGUAUGAAUGAUUAAAUAA